AUGUAUAUGCACUUGCUUAUGCGAGUGUUUGCUUGUUCGUUGAUUCUCCUUGCAUUUGAAUGUACAAGAACCACUCAAAGCUACCCCGAUGAUGCACCAUCCAGUACCUGUGACUCAAUGAUGCCAUCAAAUGGGGCCAAUUCCAUACCAUGUCAAUCAAAUUAUGUAAUUGAAGCGAACAAAUAUCAAUACAGUAGCAAUGACAAUAUUCAAAUUACGGUUCGGGGUGAAACAAGUUUCAAUCGCUUCAAAAGCGUUCUUUUAGUUGCCAAAGAUUCAAGUGAUACAAACAUUUUAGGCCAUUGGUCAUCGACUGAUACAUCCGUUUCUAUUGUUUCUUGUAAUGAUACACUUUCAAACGGCAUUACCCUUACAUCAUCAGACUAUAAGUCUCAAAUUCAAGCGACUUGGCAUUCACCAUCGACGGCAGCUCAAGGAAAUAUUGUGAUCAAGGCAACCAUCGUUCAAUCCUACGGCACAUUCUAUGUGAACUGCUUCAAUAUUACACUGACUCCUCAAAAUAAUCCAGGACCAAUGGAUUCUUUAACAAAUCCACUUGAUCGCUUAGUUAGAGAUGUUGCUGCAACUUCAAAGGUCGCUAAUACUUCCGUGCCAUCAAUGAAUACUACUAGUUCAGCAUUAACUCUUAAUUGGGCAUAUGCCAAUGGUACAACAACUGUUGCAAUACUGACCAACAAUCUUCUACGUUCUCAAUGGGUCGCCAUUGGUUUGUCACUUGAUAAUAGAAUGGGUAAUGAUCAUGUAUUUGUAUGUCAACGCUUGAGUGACGAUACUAUUCUACUUCAACGUUUUAUCAAUCCCGACGGUCACGCGACUACAACCAUAGUUACUGCUGGCUCAAAUCUUGGUGGUAUAUUUCAAGUGAAUUCUGUGUCGUUUAACAAUGGCAUAAUCUAUUGUGAAUUCAGUUUGUCAAAUUUUACCGCAACAACAAGCCGUCGUAGAAAGCGGAGCGUUACGUUACUUUCUCAAAGUACUCAAUAUCAGAUUAUUGUGGCCAUAGGACCUCUAGCUGGCCCAAAUUCAUUAGUACAACAUUCCUGGACAACUGUACUAAGUCAAACUAUGCAAUUAGAUCAAUCGGGAACAAUUUCGCUGGCCACUAUUGGAGGAUCAGCAAAUUUAUUGCGAGCACAUGGUAUUAUUAUGUUGUUUACUUGGAUGCUAUUGGUUUCAACAGGCAUUAUCAUCGCUCGAUAUUUUAAACAGUCAUGGCCAACGCAUAAACUCUGUGGUAAAGCAAUAUGGUUUGCUAUUCAUCGAUUCGUUAUGAUUUGUUCUGCGCUAAUGACAGCGAUGGGAUUCUUACUCAUUCUUAUCUAUAAAAAUGGUGAAUGGACUUCUCGAAGUCUAUCACAUGAAUUUGCCCAUUCGAUCAUCGGUAUAAUUGUUUGCAUAGCUGCUGCCAUUCAACCUGCAAUGGCUUUAUUUCGAUGUGAAUCUGAUGAUCGACAUCGAUUUAUUUUUAACUAUGCACAUGCUUUGCUUGGCACCAUUGCAUUAAUCCUUGCAACCACUGCUAUUAUGCUUUCUACAUUUUUUAUCAGUUUUAAUUCUGUACUCAAUAAUUAUUAUGGAGUUGUUGUGGCAUGGUUGUUGUCGGUGUUUUUUAUAGUGAUUACUUUUGAAUGUAUUGAGCUUUUCUCUCGCAAGAAUUGGCCACCAUUUAAAGCAAACAACCAAACCGUAUCUGUGCAAAUGGGUGUCAUCAAUGAUAGCAACGAAGCAUUGCCGAUCGAUGAACAAUCACCUGGAACAAAUAUCCUCAAGGAGCGAUUAAAAUAUAUCCUUCUUGCCCUUCAUAUUCUAAUCGCAUUUGGCCUUUCGAUCGCGUUGGCUGCAGGCAUCGGGGAAGUUGCUUGA